AUGGCCACCACAAUCCAGCAGAAGAUCGAUGCCCUACGGGAGUAUUCCGCCUGCGAUGUCUCCGACGCACUCCUCAAACUCCAAAAACCCUCUCCAGGAACCACUCCCCGAGCAGGCCACCUCGCAGACUUCACCCCCUUCUCCCCCACUCUCGGCCGCAACACCACCUCCCCCAAGAUCAUCGCCCCAGCAUCCACCUUCAAAUUCAUCCCCAAAGCAUCCUCCGACGUCGACACGUCCGACGCGCACGGCUUCCCGGAAGGCACGCACUGGGUGGACUGGGCGCAGGCGGACACCGUCGCGGUGGUGGAGCAGCCACCGGACCAGUACUGCGCCGUGGUGGGCGGGAUCAUGGCGGUUCGGAUGAAGGCGUUGGGCGUGCAGGGCGUCGUCGUGAAUGGAAGGAUUAGGGAUCUGGAGGAGAUGAGGGGGUGUGGGAUUUCGGUCUGGGCACACGGAACCUCGACGGUCGGUACCGCGGCAGAGGCAAAGCCAGGGGCGAGAAAUGUGCCCGUCAACCUGGGUGGUGUGGUGGUGUGUCCGGGCGACAUCAUCUUCUGUGACCCACUGGAAGGCGUGGUUGCUAUUCCACGGGACCUGCUGGAUCCGGUGCUGGAGUUGAUGCCGAAGCUGGUGGCCAUGGACGAUCGGGUCAAGGAGGCGGUGGUGCAGGGGUCUAGCGUGUUUGAAGCUUUUCAGAAGUUUCGGACGAAGAUUUAA